AUGACGGAAUACUGGAAAGCAUCGCCGAAUUACUGGUGCAAACACUGCGCCGUCUUUGUGCGCGAUACCAAGCUUGAGCGCCAAAACCACGAAGCCACAGCCAAGCACCAAAAUGCCAUCAAGCGAUCGCUGCGUGACCUACACCGCACCCACGAGCGGGAAGAGCGCGACAAGGAACGAGCGCGCCGUGAGAUUGAUCGCCUUAAUGCAGCUGUCGCCAGCUCUUCAUCGGGCCCGUCGCGGCUGGGACGUGCCUCUGCAGCGGCGAGCAGCUCCAAGGAAGCUUCUCUGAAGAGGCAACGCGAACAGUUGGCAGAGAUGGGCGUCGCGAUACCGGAGGACUUUCGGGGCGAAAUGGCCAUGCCCGGUGAAUGGACGGUCACGAGUAGCCGGGUGAUUGAGGGGGCGGGGGACGCAGCGAGGGACAAGCCCGCGACGGGGGUGAGGAAGAGAGAGGAGAGGGGGGAGGACGAGGAAGAGGAAGAGGAGGAUGCCGUGAAGGGGCUGUUCAAGAAGCCGAGGAGGUGGGGGAGGGACUCGAGGAGGAUGCCCGAGGAGGAGGACGAAGAGCUGGACGCGCUGCUCAGCGGGACGGUCCAGUUGAAAGCCGAGAGGGGCGACGUCCGCGGGGUGAAGCCGGAGGAGGGCGCUGUUGAAGCUGGACCGGAAACCACGGCGAGCGUGCCGGGCGAAGAGGUCAAGGACGAGGCGAGCGAAGCAAAAGUCAAGGAGGAGGUGGCGGGGGACGGCGGCUCUGGUGUCUGCCCCGUGGUCCCCGCGGUCCCCGUGGUCCCCGUGGUAUUCAAGAAGAGGAAGCCAAAGGGCUUACGGACCAAGUAG